AUGGCUCCGAGCGCCAACAAGGGGCACCUUUCUGGAUCGCUCCUCCAGGCGGUGACAGCGGCGACCUCGCGGGCCUGUGGGAAGCAGGGAUUGCAGUCCCGGAUCUUCGGUGGGACCUCGGUGGUGCCGGGUGAAUUUCCGUGGCACGCCACGCUGACUUACAAGGGGAGCCCAUUCUGCGGGGGAAGCCUGAUCUCUGAUAGGUGGAUCGUCACGGCCUCUCAUUGCUUCGAUCGAACAACCACUCAGGACAAAAGGGACCCCAAGUUAUGGCAAGUUCACCUGGGUUUCACCAAAAUGGGGUACACUCCGAAUGAAAGCAGCGUGGUCACCAUGGUCCCCUCCCGAAUUGUGAUCCAUGAGAACUAUACGAAAUACACUGAAGGCUUUGAUAUCGCCCUGGUGGAGCUGCCAGCUCCGGUGACCUUCACCCGUUUCAUCUCCCCCAUCUGCCUCCCGGAGAACAGCCACCGCUUCCACCUGCGCAGAACCUGCUACGCCACCGGUCUCAAGAACGUGCAGGAGGGGGUGCCUCUGAACAGCAAGAGGUCCUUAGAAAAAGUUGGCCAGAUUUUGAUCGGUUGGAGAACCUGCAAUUGUAUCUACAACACCCACAUGAGACCAGACCUAAGCAACCCUGCAAAUCCCAGCAUGCUGUGCAUUACGGAGAGCGACGGAAAGAAGGGCCCGUGCCAGGGUGACUCUGGUGGGGCCGUGGUUUGUGAAGAGGACGGGGUCUGGUUCCUUGCUGGACUCGUCAGCUUUUCCCAAGGUUGUCACUUGCUGAACAGUCCCACCAUUCUCUCUUCUGCCUCCUUCUACCAAGACUGGAUUAAGCGGCACACUGAUGAACAAGCCUCCUUCUCCCCCCAGACCAUUCCGGUGGUAGAUGAUGUGGACAAUGACAAUUGCAGUGACCUUCUUAGUAAUCACACAGCAGGUUGUGGAAUCUCACAGGUCAGUGAUCCUACUUUCCGGAGUCCCGGAACUUGGCCAUGGCAAGUGGACCUCUGGAGAGAUGGGAAGAGAACUUGCAGUGGGGCCCUUAUCUCAGCCAGUUGGGUGAUCACAGCUGCAGAGUGUUUUAUUGGCCAAGGCUCCUCCGAGUUGCCAGAGGACUGGUCGGUCACAGUGGGUAGCGGGACGCCCGUGAUGAUGGACAUUGCGGUACAACAAAUCAGUGUUCACGGCUCAUACAUCAGCCCUGAAAAGGGUUACAACGUGGCUCUGGUUCUUCUUGCCCAUCCUGUGCCCCUGGGACCAUACAGCCAAGCCGUCUGCUUGCCCCAUUCCUCCCAUCGUAUGCCAUAUGGCUCUACGUGCUGGCACAUAGUUGGGGACAAUUCGCUUCCUGAAGACCAGACGGGUGUGCCACGUGGAGACAAAUUGGAGCUGUUAGGCCCCAACCAGUGUAACUGCAUCUACAGCCGACCAAACUCAGACAACCCCACUGAGUCUGUAAUAGAGGGGAUGAUAUGUGCGUCCAGGGAGGGUGAGAACAGCAGCCAAUGCCUGAAUGACUUGGGUGGAGCCCUGGUGUGUAAAGAGAAUGGGACUUGGUUCCUGAAUGGUGUGUAUAACUAUGGAGGAGGAUGCAAGGAAGGAUCAGGUUCUACACUGCCAAGAGUGUUCACUCAGCUAGCCACGUAUGAUGACUGGAUAGACAAGGAGACACGAGAAAUGUUUCUCCGGCCUGCGAUCAAUUCACCGCCACCCAAGCCAGACACAGACAGAUGCUCCUUAGACAGUCCAAGAGAUUGUGGAGAAUCAGUUGCAUCUCCUGGUCCUGAGCCCGUCGGGGAGGCCGCAGAUAAGAUGUGGCUGUGGCAGGUCAGUCUUCAACAGUUUGAGUCCCACGUCUGCUCCGGGGUUCUUAUUACAGAGACCUGGAUCCUGACAGCGGCGCACUGCGUUCCCAGCCGCGCACCUCUUAGUGACUACACCGUCAUCCUAGGCCGCAGUCUACAGAACCAGCCCAGCCCUAGAGAGGUGCUGCGUCAGAUCAAGAAGGUGGUGCCUCACCCGGACUACAAGCUGAAGACCGGAGAGAACGAUAUAGCUUUGGUAGAGAUGAACUAUGGAGUCACUUUCAGCGACCACAUCCUGCCCAUCUGCCUGGCGUCCAACCAGUCUAUCUCUACCACCAAUGAUUGUUGGGUUAUCGGCUGGGGAAGAUUGCACCCUUCAGGCAAAGCCUCGUCUCCUCCUCCACUGAGGCAUCUUCGGGUCCAUCUAUUGGAUGGAAAGGAUUGCGGGGGGUCUGUGGGGAACAUGACACAGACUGGUGGAACAGGGCAGAUUUGCGUAGCUGCUAAAAGUACCACAUUUUCGUGCCUGCUGGAUGGCAGCGCUCCUCUUGUAUGCCAACCGAACCCCAAAGGUCCUUGGUUCGUGUUCGGUGUUGGCAGCCAAACCUCUCCACCCAAAAGGAACGCCUGUCCCAGCAACUUUACCUCAGUGGUGCCCAUAUUAUCAUGGAUCAGAGGGGUGGUUCCCAAAAAGGACCUAAGCCUCUUGGAGAGGAACCCAACAGUUCCAACAUUUGGCUACAAUGAUACGGUGGCUUCUCCUACCACAACGACAGUGACGCCGACACCUCCGAACACAACUUUGGGUCCACAAAGCACCAACACAACCUACAGAGACAGCGAUGUGUCUACUACAGAUGUCCACAAUUUCACCACCACCAGCACUCCUCAUACCACGAGCACCAAUACCACCAGCACUCAUACCACCAGCACCAAUACCACCAGCACUCAUACCACCAGCACUCAAAGUUCCUGUCUAGAGUCCACCAGUGGAAGUGGGAACAUUUGUUCUGAGCACACAACGGUUACACCGCAGACUCAGAACUCAACCUCGUCUAUUUCAAUGCCGACUCAACAAACCGACCUAACAGUGAACCCAACAGGGAACUCAACGGUGAACUCAAUGGGGAACCCAACAGGCAACCCAUCGAGGAACUCAACGGGGAACCCAACAGGCAACCCAACGAACGAAAAUAUAUCUGAUGUGUACAAAAGUCAGAAGAAGGUAAAGACACACCGAAUGUUGGAGAGUUCCUCUCACUUCCUGUCUGGUGGAAUCAUCGUCACGCAGGACAGGAAAAUCAGCUUGUUUGUCAUCAAUGAGAUAUGUGAACGUGUUUCGGGGGGGGAGAAGGUCAGCAAACGUUCUUUCAAGUCUUCUUCUUCGGGGCGCGCAACAAAACCCGGAGGAUUGAGAUCUGGACUGGCCCGGAGGAUCAGAGGAGGUAAUCUCCGGCCCAGAAGAGACUUUGGUCACAGCACACAGAGAGAGACGGGGAAGAGCAGAACCUUCCACCAGCUCUUCCUGACCACCCUCACCCCCUGA